GUUCGGCGGGUCCGCAGUAGCGCUGAGUAGCCAGAGAUACAAAGUACUUAUGCAUAACGGUUUGGCGUAGUUGGUUAGAACUUUUCGAUUCUUCGAAGUUUGGGGGUUGGCUCGGACCAACGUUCCGUUACGGUAGCGCGUUGUGCUCGGUGCUUGCGACGGCGGUAGAUUUGGAAUUCUCAGUUGAAAACGGUUGCGGUUUAAGCACUGGUAGGUGUAAUGCAACGGAAAAUUCAAAAAAUUCGAAAUUUAGUGGCAAACAAAGAUCCUUUUAAAAUCUUGUAAAACAAAGUUUAUAGCCACGAAAAAAAUCAAACAAUACGGCAAUACAACAACAAAUCGACAAACACAAAUGUUAAGUGCAAUGAUGGUAAAAUGUUUGGCCUGAAAAUGUGUGUUACAACAAACGAAGGCUAUAAACAUAAUAACAAUGCUAUUUACAUAAAACACCGUGUACAGAAGCGUGUUGCUGCCGAGAAGUUGUAUAAGACGAACAACAACAACUGCAGAGGCAAACAAAUAAGUGAAAUCAAUUGUGCAAAUAGCCAUAAAUUCAAUAAAAUCAACAGCUGUAACAACAGCAACAACUACAAUAACAAAUGUCAGUGCAAGAUUGUUGCUGAAAUAAAUAACAGCGACAACAUAAAUGCGAGUUGGAGCAUAGGCUGCGACAGCAAAAUGCAUUGCAAGUGCAACGGCCAUAACAACAACGCCAACAACAACAAAACGUAUCAACAUAACAGUUGUGGCAGCGAUUUGGCCUUCAGCGGCGAUAAAUGUUAUGCUUGCAACGGUGGAAUGCUGGCGUGUUUCAGUGCAUAAACAACAACAACUUGCAUAUAAAUAUAUUUAUAUACACUUCUGUACAUACAAUGUAUGUGUGUAUUUCAAAUAAAUAACCUAAUUGAAAACAAAAUUAAAAAAUAAAAUAAAAUAGUUUUGGAAAAAAUAUUUUCGCAACACGAAUAAUAACGAAAACAAAAAUUAUAACAACAACAACAUAGCGUAAAGCGGAAAAUAUGCAAAACGACAAAUCACAAUUCAAACAAACAUGUGUGAUAUACAUACAUAUGUACAUAUAUUUAUAUAUGUGAAAUAGUAGUGCAAGCAACGAUUAUAUAACAACGUACAUACAUACAUAUGUACAUAUAAUCAACUUUACAUAUUUAUACAUAAGUGUAUAGCGUACAUAACAGUUACGUCAAUAGCUGAAUUCACCUAGAAACAGCUAAACAGCGCAUUUGGCAGCAAAGACAGCAAAGAAAUCAGCAUUAUUGGCCGCAGAGGGGCGUGAAAGGAGUACGCAAGGAGUAAAAGCCAACAACGUGCAAUUGUCAGUAUUCCAAAGUGUCCGAAAUACAUAACGUGCGCGUGUGUAUUUGUGCAUGCGUUGCAGUGCAUUUCUUUGAUCAAAUCCCAAAAAGUGUUUGUGCGCCAUUAUACAUACAUACAUAUACAUAUACAAAUAGUUAUAUAGAUACAUAUAAGAAAGAUAUUUUUAUGUGCUUCUUCGGUACAACAUUUGCAUAUAAAAUGCCGGAGAUUAAACGCAAUUUGAGUCGCCUCUCAAUGCUGAUGUUUCGGCCGACGCAUUCCAGUGAGCCUGGCUGGCGUGCGGAGCUGCUAAGGUAUCGACAGACACGUUUCAGUUCACGGCGUGUGCGGAAACGUGUAAUCUUCAAGCAUGGCGAGUGUAAUGUGGUUCAAGGCAAUGUGGCGAAACGCCGGCGCAGAUAUCUACAGGAUAUCUUCACCACCCUGGUCGAUGCACAAUGGCGUUGGACAAUGCUCGUAUUCGCGCUCAGUUUUCUCAUCUCGUGGGCGCUGUUCGCGUUCGUUUGGUGGGUGAUCGCAUAUGCGCAUGGCGAUUUCGAAUAUAUUUACAAUCGUGAUUUCUUUCCCGAACGCAAUGUGAAUGUAACGCAUCGCAUGUGUGUAACGGAGGUGCGCAGCUUUGUCUCGGCCUUUCUGUAUUCGGUGGAAACACAAACGACAAUAGGCUAUGGCAAUCGCUUCGUAACGGAGGAGUGUCCCGAGGCGAUAUUCAUAAUGUGUUUGCAGUGUAUUUUGGGUGUUUUCAUACAAGCAUUUAUGGUUGGUAUUGUGUUUGCGAAGUUGUCGCGUCCCAAGAAACGCGCACAAACGUUGCUCUUCUCGCGAAAUGCUGUGAUUUGUCAUCGGGAUGGGGUGCCAUGUCUGAUGUUCCGGGUGGGUGAUAUGCGAAAGAGUCAUAUUAUUGAGGCGCACGUGCGCGCGCAGAUCAUAAGAAAGAAGAUUACUAAAGAGGGCGAAAUAUUACCGUUCUAUCAGCAAGAGCUGACAGUCGGCGCAGAUGGUGGCGAAGAUCGGCUAAUGUUCAUUUGGCCGACAACGAUCGUGCACAAAAUCGAUCGCAACAGUCCGUUGUAUAUGCUUUCGGCGUCGGACAUGUUGAAGGAACGCUUUGAGGUUGUUUGUAUGUUGGAGGGCGUUAUAGAGUCCACCGGCAUGACAACACAGGCGCGCAGCAGUUACCUGCCUUCGGAGAUACUUUGGGGUCAUCGUUUUGUGAAUGUGGUGUCGUUUCGUAAAGAAACGGGCGAAUACGAGGUGGAUUACACGCUGUUCAAUAACACCUAUGAUGUGGAUACACCACUUUGUAGCGCCAAACAAUUGGAUGAUGUGAAGGCCGAAUAUGCUAAGAAUUCCAAACUAGGCUUAGAGCGCGCCUUUUCCGCCGGUCUUAUGCACAUACCAUCCACCAUAUCUGUGGAUCGUUUAGAUCCGAAUAGCGAUGAGUCGUUGGACUCACGUCUGCAAACACGCAACAAUUCCAUCCCCAAUGGGGUGCUCGCCGAGGAGCUGCAACCGCUGAAUUGUGGUGGUGGUGGCGGUAGCACAAACGGUAGCUAUCACUAUGUGCCACCGUCGUUCACAGUUGGCGGCUCAGCGAUACAAAUACCCUCGUUGGCACUCUCCACAAAUCUACAUAGUAUUAAUGAGAAAACCAAUUCCGGCAGCAGCAGCAGCAGCAGCACCAAUAAUCUCACCAUUAAUCCCACCACCACCACGCCAAAUACACUCUCACCAGCAAUGGCGGCGAGUGCUACAUAUAAUAAUAAUAACAAUAACAAUCAAGAUAGAAGUAAUGGUGGCGGCAUCAAGAAGACACCAUCAAGCGGUCGACGCUUAUCGAUCAAACAAGAUCAGCUAUCGGUCGAUUCGAUUUGUUGAUAAUGGCGGCGACAAAGUGUCAUAUGUUGGUGUUUCUUGAAUGAUUGUUGUUGUAAUGUUGCGUGGAAAAGCAAGGAACUUUUUUGCAAGGCAUUGACUGACCGUAUUCAUUUGUCUGCCGCGCAAGCCGCUUCGAUUGCAAAUAAUUUAAUUUUUUCUUCGCCUAAAAUUAAAUUACAAAACAUUAUUGAUUAAUAUUUAAUUAAAAUAGUUUCUUCCAUAUAUACAGCUUUAAUUGUAGUGGAAAGUCAUACGCGCAACUAGCAGUAGUUUUAGCAAAAAGUAAGUUAAUAUUAGUUGUGAGUGAAUUGCAGUCAUGUGAGCAAUGCCAAUAGCAGCGCAAUUUGCUCAACGUUUCAGCGUUUCGUGAGCGCUACCUCCUUAGUUGUCGAAUGGCGGUUUGGAAAGAGCAUAAGUGUUUUCUAUGUCAGUGAAGAGUCGGUUUGAAACGCGUCGUAAGCAAAAUUUGCAAAUCGCCCCGGUUUACAACUCAACGGUUUACAAUUCAAACGUUUACAACUGAACCAUUUACAACUCAAUCGUUUACAACUAAACCAUUUACAACUCAAACGUUUACGACUCAACGGUUUACAACUCAAACGUUUUCAACUCAAACGUUUACAACUCAACGGUUUACAACUCAACGCAACCGCUUACAACUGAACCAUUUACAACUCAAUCGUUUACAACCGAACCGUUUACAACCGAAUUGUUUACAACUCAACCGUUUGCGAAUAGCUCGACGCGCUACACGAAGAAGUGUCGUUAUACAAACGAAAGAAGUCGUCAAUUAAUCCAACGUUUACGCGUCAUUUUGUCCAUUUAUACCAUUAAUCCUCGUUUUCAGUGUUGUAUUAAAUAAGUUUUGUUGUUGGACGCGAGAAUUUACUAUUAUUGUAAUUAUGAUUUUAUUUCGAUUUAUUAUCGGGAUAUGCUUAUGCAUAGGUUUUAUGUUAUGUAGUAAGACAACAAAUGUUUAUGAAAGUUUCAUUUUUAAACUUUUAAAGACAACAUUAAUAAAUAUACACAAACAGUUAGAAAAACAAAAAAAAAAACAUUUACACACAACAAGGUUUGCAUAUAUACGAGGCGUGCUCAAAAAAUAAAAAAAAAAUAACGCGAAUUUUCGUUUUUGGAAAAAAAAAAUUGAUGCAAAAAAAAAUAAAAAAGGUUCUUUAAAAGCAAAACUCUGCAGAAAUGAAAGUUUUUUUAACAUACUUUAAGCUUCUAGUGACCGUAUUCAAGGUAGUUUUUAAUUUUUUUGAUUUAGACUGUUGUUUUAGAAUUCCUGCAAAUUAUUUUUAAAAUUUUUUCCAAACUAGUUUAAGCCUACAGAGCAAUUUUAAAUUUACUUUAGUAUUUAAGCUUAAUAACUAAGUGCAGAAAAUUGGUAUUUUUUAAAUAUAAAUUGUAAGAAAGUCGGUUUUACAAUCAUGGCAGAAAUUGAGCUUUUAAAAAAUGCAGAAAUGUUAUGUAAAAAAAAUCAAAAAAACACAAAGCACUGUAAUUGUAAUAUUGAAAAUUGUCAAAAAAAAUGUUCGGCAAUUCAAGUCAAUUAUGUUCACUUUACGAGACAAACACGAGUUUAUUAACCCUUGUGUUGCUAAGCAUUAAGGAGGUUAAGUUUGAAAAAAUCAAUAAAUUUUCAAAUUUCGAUAUUCGAUAGUUCAUACUUUAAAUAAAGCAUGCCUGAAUUUCAAAUACAUGCCCGAAAUCGAUAAAUUUUCAUAUUUCAAUUGAAUACUUAAAAUUAAAAAUGAAAUUCAAAGCUCGCACAUUUCAAAUUUAAAUUUUUAUUUUAACACGCCUCAAACACAUUUUGUGAAGUUUAAAAUAAUGCAAAUACAAACAGUGUUGCAUUUUUGACAGUUCACUAAAGCAAACUCUAUGUUACCGUUACACACUUAACAAGCUGUCAUACACACAAAGUCUGAAAUACGCGUUUGUGGCGCAGGGUGAACGUAUUUUGAGCAGCAAGAAUUGAAACGAAAACAAAAGCAAAAGCAAAUAUUUGAACAUAUUGUAUUACACAUGAAAAAAUGAACGCUCAAUAAAGGUGAACGGCAGUAACACGAAACGAAUUUAGCAGUUAAUGGAGGCAAUUACAGGCAACUACAAAGAUAUGCGUACAUAGCGAAACAGCUGUUUUUGACAACCAGUUUCAACGCCUAGUAAAUAAUAAUAAAUAAUAAAGUAUGCUAUAUUUUUAAACACGAAGGUUUCAAUUAACUGUCCCAGAAAUGUAUUUCCCUAAACUAUGUCUGUAUGUAUGUUUAACUGAAAAGUAUAUUUGACAAUGUUGAUAUGAUAAUAAAAGUUGGCUGUUUAUAUAAAUGUACAAGAUUUACCAAAUAAACAAAAGAAAAACAAAUUACGAAUGAAAAAACGAAAGAACACUGAUUUUAAAGAUUUUAAAGCAAGAUAUUAAAGCAUUAACUCUAUAAGAAUCUGUCCAUAGAUUUUAAAGAACCCAUUGAGUAUCAAUAAAAAAAUAUUGCAUAUUGCCAAAAGAGUUUUAGAUGUGUAUAUAUGUAUAUAAUAUAUGCUAAGAUUUUUCAAAAGUCUAUUAUGAAUUAUACAUACAUAUAUUUUUUAAAUUAUACUACUAUACUUGUACAGUUAGGGCAAGUUUCUGCAGUAAAAGGCCAAAAACACGGAAGUAUUACUUUUACACAUGAUAAAUUAUGUGUGUAUUUAUGUAAGCAAAGACAAAACAAAAAUUAAAAAAUAAACAAAAAAUUUGAAACAUAUUGCAAACCAGUUGGAAAAUUUGAAUAAAAAACGUUUGAGCGUUUUUAUGUGAAAAAAA